UCACAGGGUGGGUGGGGCGACUUGGGACCUAGGCGGGAGAGGCAACAUGUCUAGGUUGAAGAGACCGGUGAUGGGCUCGGGCUUCCGCCACGAAAAAGGCGACAGCAGCGCCGGCAUCCCGCAGGGGCUGCUGAAAGCGGCGCGGAAGAGUGGCCAGCUCAAUCUGUCGGGCCGGGAGCUGAGCGAAGUUCCUCAGACAGUCUGGCGAAUAAAUUUGGACGUCCCCGAGGAAGCAAAACAGAAUCAUUCCUUCAAUGCUUCUGAACGAUGGUGGGAACAGAUAGAUUUGACUAAACUUAUCAUAUCCAACAAUAAACUUCAAUCACUUUCAGAUGACCUCAGACUUUUGCCUGCACUGACAAUACUUGAUAUGCACGAUAAUCUGCUGACAUCCCUUCCUUGCGCCAUAGGUGAGCUGGAAAAUCUUCAGAAGCUUAAUGUCAGUCAUAACAAGCUGAAAACACUACCUCAAGAACUUACAAAACUAAGAAACCUGAAGGGCCUGUUUCUGCAGUACAAUGAACUGACUUGUGUUCCUGAAGGAUUUGGACAGUUGGACAAAUUAGAGGAUUUAGAUCUAUCAAACAAUCGCCUUACAGCUCUUCCAGUUAGCUUUUCUUCCCUCUCUAACCUAAUGCGACUCAAUCUGGCUGGUAAUCAGAUGAAGGACUUGCCAGUGGAAAUCACGAGGAUGAAAAGAUUAAAGCAUUUGGAUUGCACUUCGAACUACUUGCAAACUGUACCUUCUGAAUUAGCUAGCAUGGAAUCACUAGAACUGCUCUAUUUACGGAGGAAUAAACUGCGUUUUCUACCAGAAUUUCCUUCUUGUCUAUUAUUGAAGGAAUUGCAUGUUGGUGAAAAUCAGAUUGAAAUGCUAGGACCAGAACAUCUUAGACAUCUUAAAUCUAUCCAUGUGCUAGACCUAAGAGAUAACAAGUUAAAAUCUAUUCCUGAUGAAAUUACGCUGCUCCAGGCCUUGGAACGACUUGAUCUAACUAACAAUGACAUUAGUAGUCUGCCCCAUACAUUAGGGAACCUUCCUCGUUUGCAGUUUUUGGCUUUAGAGGGAAACCCUUUGAGAACUAUUCGACGAGAACUCCUAAAUAAAGGAACCCAAGAAGUCCUCAAGUAUCUAAGAAGCAAAAUUAAAGAUGACCCAGCAAACCAAAACGAGGCGGCCAUUGAGACAGCCAUGACCCUGCCAAGUCAGGCCAGAGUCAACGCGCACACCAUCACGGCACUGAAGCUCUUAGACUACAGUGACAAACAGACAACAUUGAUUCCUGAUGAAGUAUUUGAUGCUGUAGGAAGCAACGUUAUCACUUCUGUAAACUUCAGUAAGAAUCAUCUAAAUGAAAUACCCAAAAGGAUUAUGGAGCUGAAAGCUGUCUGCGACAUCAACCUUGGCUUUAACAAGCUUUCCUGCGUUUCUGCCGAGCUGGGUGCGCUUCAGAAGCUGGCCCACCUGGAUCUCAGGAAUAAUCUUUUGACCUCUUUGCCUGAAGAGAUGGAAGCCUUGAUUAAACUGCAAACUAUCAAUCUUUCCUUUAACAGGUUCAAAACCUUCCCCAGCGUUCUCUAUCGGGUGCGGUCUCUGGAAACCAUCCUUCUCAGUAACAAUCAGGUUGGAUCUGUGGACCCCCUGCAGCUAAAGCAGAUGGACAAGCUGGCCACUCUGGACCUUCAGAACAAUGACCUCCUCCACAUCCCCCCCGAGCUGGGCAACUGUGUGAGUCUGAGGGCUCUUCUGUUGGAGGGGAACCCGUUCCGCAUCCCUCGAGCAGCCAUUUUAGCCAAAGGCACAGAUGCCGUCUUGGAGUAUCUGAGAGACCGGAUUCCUGCUUAAUGGGAGUUUUGUCACCCCCGCCGCCAGCGGCCCCGCGAGCUUCGAAGGGCAGGGGAGCGCGCCCGAUUUCCUCUCCUGAUGCUUGUUCAAGCAGUGUGUCACUUAGUAUUGCUGUGAUUUAUCUGGGGCCCAAAACUGACUCUACAAUCUUAUUACCACUAAAUAUUCUUUUUACAUUGAAAAUAAUGUAUAAAAACUUUAUAAUGAUUAUUCUAGAUUUCUGUGUGUUUAUGCAUUCAUUCUCAAAAGUUUUGAAAUUUGAAAAGGGAAUGGUAGUUUCUGUGACUGAAGUAUCGUUCUUUUUAAAGUUGAUUUUUUUUAAUCAUGACAAAACAUUUUUGUAAAAGAUAAGUCGUGUUUGGGUUUUUUUUUUUUACAUUUUGUUGUUCUAUUACAUAUGCAUAUGUGUAUGUUUGAGUCAUUAUAUACGAGAGCACUUUGCCACCUUUCCUUAUGUGGGGAAAGUUAUAGCGACAUUUGUUGCUCUACUAUAUACUAUAUAUUAUAAUACUGAGUAUUUGUGAUGUCAAGUUUCGAGAUUCUGAUGCUGCUGUAGCUCAGUAACCCACCAACAUUGGACUGGAAGGACAACAAUGAACCUCCAGGAGAUUUUGUUCGAUUUUCAUUUUGGUGUGAUUUAAAAAAAUAAUUCUGUCUGCAGCAUUUAUUUUCAGAUGCUGAGAAUCCAUUUUUCCCUGUUGUGUAUCAUUCACUUUGAUUAAAGCAUUUGUCGAAGAAGAAACACGUUUCUAUCCCCUGAAGAAAGAGCUGUUGGUGAAGGCGGUUUGGCCUUUGGCCUCUCACCAUUAAAGUGUUUUGGUCCCAUCUCUCCUCUGUCUGGCCCACCUUUGUACCAUAGUCAGAUUUGGCCCCUUCUAGGCAUUCUGUGACUCAGACAGAAAGUCUGAGAAGCCAAAAGGUUGCACGUGGAGGGUCUCCCAUUGUGAGCGUACGUUCUCAGAAAUUGGCUCUCUGACCCGCGGCCUUGGAGAUCUUAAUGACGUUGAAUUUGUCGGUGGAAUUAGGACCCUAAUUAACUGGGUUAUUACAGAAUUUCUUCUGCAAAAGAUCUAGAUUUAAGGAAGCUGAAUUUUCAAAGAAGAUUCAUGGUCUAUUCAGCCUAGGACAUAUUGAAAAUAGGAUCUCAUUUGGGUAGAUUUCAGAAUCACGUUUUGAGAAAAAAGUUAAUGACGAUGAAAAUAUUUAUGGAUGAGGCAUUUUUCCAAUAUAAAUUUCAUUGUUUAUCUUACUAAGGGGAAGCGUGUUGUUACAUUAAACAAAAGACACUUUACAAUAAGGUGAAAUUUUAUUAUUUGUACAAUAAAGAGACUUAGAGACUUUUAUGUUAUUCAAAA